AUUCGGACAGGCCCAUGGGCCCCAUCUACCAUUAUAUAUAUUUUGGCCCAUUCUUCAUCAUUCUUUCAUCUUCCAUGUUCUGUAUCUCAUCAAUUCGCUCUCUUCUCAGAAGAAAUUUCUUCAGCGUUCGAUCUUUAUCUGCUUCACCUCUGCUUUCAAAUACCCGAUUCUUCCCCGAUUUGAAACAAACCCUUUUGCAUAAUCCGCAGUGUUUUUCUGUAAAUCGUUUCGUUUCACCAAUUAAUUCAGCUUCUUCGCUUAUCGGCUCCUUUUCGACUCGCUUGGAUCAUACUAUGGCCACCCCUUCGAAGACUUCAGUCCAUGACUUCACCGUCAAGGAUGCUAAAGAAAAUGAUGUUGAUCUCAGCAUUUACAAAGGAAAGGUCCUCUUGAUUGUCAACGUCGCUUCACAAUGUGGCUUGACUAAUUCGAAUUACACUGAACUGAGUCAGCUGUAUGAAAAAUACAAGGGCCAAGGAUUUGAGAUUCUUGCAUUUCCGUGCAACCAAUUUGGAAGCCAGGAGCCAGGAACCAACGAAGAGAUUGUGCAAUUUGCUUGCACCCGUUUUAAGGCUGAGUACCCCAUUUUUGACAAGGUGGAUGUGAAUGGAAACGAUGCUGCUCCUCUGUACAAGUUCUUGAAGUCGAGCAAAGGCGGGCUCUUCGGAGACUCCAUCAAGUGGAACUUCUCCAAGUUCUUGGUGGACAAAGAUGGAAACGUUGUCGAUCGAUACGCUCCAACAACUUCCCCGCUCAGCAUUGAGAAGGAUGUGAAGAAGCUGCUUGGAGUUGCUUAAAAAUCUGAAGGCUGUUUUUCUGUCUUGUUAUUAGAAACAAUGAAUAAAGCUUCUGUGUAUGGUUCUGAUGUGUAUCCGUGGUGUUGUUUCAUGUAUUUACAAGACUGUAAGUUAAGAAUUAUGUAAUAAGUUGGCUGAGCUUUGAUGUAUCCCAUAUGUAGCUGCUGUUUUUAUGCGCUGGGUUUCGCUCUAUUGAAAUUUCUGGGCAGACAGAUUGUGCGAGAUAAUGCAGAUUUCAUUCAGUACUUCUGAUCUUUAUUCGUUUUCUGUAAUUUUCUCUGUUCUUGUACUGUUUUGAAGUACAAAUUUACUGAUUUAUUUCUUCCA